GUCACUUCCUUAUUUGGAGAGCGGGGGGGCUGGGCCCUCAUUGGUCCGUGAGAACUCAACUUUAUAACUUUGCGUAAAUAACGUUAUUAUUAUUCACAUCAGUCUUGUUAUAAAUAUAAAUAUUAUUGCACGCAGAUGUGUUCAUCCGCCGAUUGUUGUAGUAUCGAUGUCUUCCGAAGAUCGGAAGAUAUGCUAAAGUAAACGCUGUCAAAUCCACUAGCUCGGCGGCUAAUGCUAGGUAGCGUAGCAUUCCGCUAGUUAACGUCCAGCUAGCAAACGUACCUAACAAGCGCUAGUGUUACUGGUUAACUUGCUCGGAUAACUAGCCGUCUAGAGGUUGGGAGAUUUUUUUUUAGAAGCGGAUUUGGGCUCCGGAGGCCUGGAGGAGACGAGAACGGAAUGGGAACAAGAGCCGGAGGAGGGCGACCCGGGACUGGAGCCAGCAGCCUCCAGGUGACCCCUUCACCCAGCGCACCGAUGAACACCGAGUACCCCGACCUGGUCUACAGCGCCUCUGAACAGGACUCCGACUCCGGGGACGAGGAGGAGACCCAGGGCUCCGGCGGGGAGCGGAGAGGGGUGAAGCGGGAGCGAUCGGAGAGAGAGCUUGGACACUCAGCGCAGAGCUCCGGGGUACUGACCGGGGCGUACGGCGGGGUCGCUCCCGGAGUCGCUGGGGCAAAGCCGGGCAAGAAAACCCGCGGACGUGUCAAAAUUAAAAUGGAAUUCAUAGACAACAAACUCCGACGCUACACAACUUUUAGCAAAAGGAAGACUGGCAUUAUGAAGAAAGCUUAUGAGCUGUCUACGUUAACGGGGACCCAGGUGUUGCUGCUGGUGGCCAGUGAGACGGGCCACGUGUACACCUUCGCCACCAGGAAGCUGCAGCCCAUGAUCACCAGCGAGACGGGCAAGGCCCUGAUCCAGACCUGCCUCAACUCCCCCGACUCCCCGCCACGCUCCGACCCGUCCUCCGACCAGCGGAUGAGCGCCACGGGCUUCGAGGAGACGGACCUAACGUACCAGGUGUCUGAGGCUGAAGGCUGCACAGAGGUCACCAAGGAGAUGGUCAAGCCAGCCUUCACCAUCGCCGGUCUGCAGAGUACCGUCUCCUCCCUACCCACGUCCGUCGUCUCCUCCGGCUCUUCAUCGGGAGGAGUUCUUCAGGUGCAGUCCAGCAUCCCUACUCACUGGCAGGGCUGCACCUCCUCCUCCUCCACCACAAACGGCACGCUUCUCAAGACCUCCACCAGCGUGAUGCUACCUGGGGGCUUCACCCUCAUGUCUGCAGGCACCCCUCUCCCCCAUGGGACCCACACCAUCCCACUCAGCCAGCUCCAGGGACAGCUGCAGGGCCAGCAGCUGGCUUUGCAGGGACCCCUGGGCACCGGCCCCACUAGCACUGGUUCUUCUCAGCCAGCCACACUGCUCCGUCUGCCUGUCUCACUAACCGGAGGAGGAAUGUCCCAGCAGCUGCAGGCCAUCCAGGUGCAGCCCGGCGGUCAUCACUUGACCACCAAUCAGAGCUCUGAGCUUCACUGCACCGCCUCCACAGCCACUAUCGUGACCUCUUCGCUCCCCUCCACGGUGGCGAGUCACAUGAUGUAUCCAGGAGGUCACACAGUCAUGUACGCCACGCCCACUUCCUCCCUGACGGACGGUGGUCUGACACUGCUCAACACCUUCUCUCAGAGCGGCUCCGCCCCCAACCACGAGCAAGGUCAACAGGUGUUUCUGACCUCGCUGCCUCCCGUCACUCAGAUCCCAGUAUCAGCAGUUCAGCUGCACUCUAUGGUUAUUGGCCAGCAGGCAGGCGGGAGCAGCAACUUGACUGAGCUGCAGGUGGUCAACAUGGAAGUCACACCCCACUCCAAGGAGGACUGACCGCGCCCUGUGUCACCCUGUGUGUUCUUUAGGUCGCCUGAGAGCAUUCUUCAAGACUGUGCGAGUGUUGAGCGCCUGUGCGUGUUUGAGACUGUGUGUUGUUCACAUGAAUGUAUUAUUUUUGUAGUUCACUGCCUGUAUAUGUUUUUCUUAAUAGAUGUAAAAUAAUAAUCUAAAAAUUACGUUUUAAAAGAUGCUUCAUUCAUGAAUCCUGAUGCAUCACACACAUUUAUAUAUGGGUGGAUAUAGUAAGACCAGACUAGAGGACAGUUAAAGUGGCAAUCUUGAAGAUUCUCAUUUAAAUAAAUGUCUGUCAAGCCACUUUCUAUCUAGAAUGAGGUAACACAAUGGUGAUGGAACCUACCCACGGAUGAAAACCCAUGACUAGGACUAGUGAGAGAUUAGAGUACCAUUCCACCAAAGUUAAACAAGGCCAGGGCCAGUUCAACUCAUGUUAAACCAGAUCAGUUUGCAUGGGUAUAAGAACAUCUACGCGGUCAGUCCACUCCCUGGUCCGGUCCCACUAAUGGAGAUUAGACGCCUCCCCGCGGAGUGGGACCCUACCGCAGCAGGACUGGGCUGGCCAGCAGGUGCAGAGCUGCUACCUGAAGAAGAACCCGAAGGAACGCUACAGAAAGCAGCAUAUCCUGCUUUAAAACCAGCAUCCGUGAAGAGGCAGGCGCACUUGACCAACUCUGAGGCCGCUGCUCCGACCUACAAAUCAGGGUGGAGCGCUGGACCCCGUCUUUUGCUGCUGCUCCACUCUGCAUGCCAGGGUGGUGCACUUAUGUGAGGUGGUUAAUGCAGUUGGCUCAUAGGAGCAGUAACCAGCUUACUUCAGGUGGUUAAUAGUAAGUGGGAAUCAUCAGACUUAGUUUGGGUACCUACACUGAGCAGUGGUUGGAACAAUGCGUCUGUUUGAUGACAUCACUAGUUACAUUGCUUUACAUUUAUUAUUCUGACGCUGUUGACUAGAAGUACAUUCAACCAUGAAGACGAAGACGAAAAAUUGGAAGAAUCAUGAGUUUAUGCAAUUCAUAAAAUAAUCCAACUGCUUCAAGUGCUACUUUAUAUGAGCAAAGAAGGAAUUACUUUUGUUUAUAAUCUUUUUUUAUCCGGCGUUGGACGGUGUGAAGGUUUUCAAAAGGUCA